AUGUCUUUUCGAGAGAUGAUGUUGUCGACCAAAUACUGUUCAUUUAUAUUAGUGUCAUUUCUUUUGAACUGUGCCCAGAGACUGAAUAUUGUGUCUUUUCAUGGAACAAGUUUUGUUUUCAAAUUCAAUUUUCUCAUUACUCCAUCUUUUUCUUCUUCUCCUGCUUCUUCACUCUUUUUUCUUGUCGCUCUCUGUUUUUUUUUGUUUCUCCUAAAACUUAUAACCUCUCCCUUUCCUUCUCCUAAAAUAUCCUUCAUCAGGUUUCAUACUACCACAUCUCUUAUACGUUCGCACUUCGCUACUAACAGCCAUUUUGUUUCCUUCCAUAAUGACCGAAGCCAAUUCGGUGAACCACUGCAAGAAAUACGAUCUUAUCUUUAUUUCGUUGUAUUAUUAUUCAUCUCCCGGUCGCACUGUCUUCAGGAUCGUUCACAUUCUUUUAUCAGCUGUCAAGGCAAUUUAGAUGGAAACGAAUUCUAA